AUGUGCGACCAAGCCAACAAACACCGCCGGAAACCCGAUUUCGGAAUAGGAAGCGCCGUCUACAUUAUUAAAAAGCAUUGGGUGACGGACCGUCCUAACGAUAAAUUAAAUUACCCGUUAACCAGAUGUAAUUAUAUAAUUAAAGAGAAACGGGGGCAUUUCUACCAUUUGGAAUUGCCAAAUUUUUGGAAGGGAAGCCGCGUAUUUUAUACCGACCGUUUUCGGCCCGAAAGCGAGGUAAUCGACGCGUUAAAAAAUACCAACGAAAAGGAAUGGGAAAUCGAACGGGUAAUUUCCUCGCGGGUGUUACGAGGUGUGUUUCAGUACCAAAUCCAAUGGAGAGGUUGGGACCCCGACCCGGAGUUCUACGACGCGGAAGGAUUUAAAAACGCGGUUGUGCAAUUGCGACAAUAUUAUAACGCCUACCCCGACAAGGCCGGCCCUCCCAUGCGCUUAAAGGCCUGGGAAAAGGCAGCCCUCGAGGAUCGGUUCGACCCGCCCGACGAGUACGAUAACGCCCCGGCUACGGGGAACAGCAUAGCCCGCAAAUUGCGACGUCGCCGGUGA